CUUACGCCCGGGGGGUUGGACCGAGACCCAGUGCUUUUUAGGUGCUUUUGUCCCAGUCCCAAUAGGGAUGUUUCUGGCCCUUCCAGCCCCUCUGCUGUGUCUGCCUCCCACCUUGUAACUCGGCACCACCACACGCACACACGUGUGCCUAAAAAGGAGUACCUGGCUUUCCAUCCUCUUCUAACACAUAGCUUUGAUUUCUUCCCACAAAAGUUACAAAGGAAAAUUGUGGAGGGGGGGCAGGAUUAGCAUGUUAGAGGAGAGAUUCAAUACCUUAUCUUUCCAUGCUAACCAUCAUCACUACAUUUACAGCUGUACAAAAAAGAAAAGCUACCUAGCUUAUGUGAACCUCCUAAGGAGUUCUUGUCCGCUUUCUCCUAAAGAUGAACAGGGCUAAAAUCUCAUGUCUUCUCUGUUACUGCUACUCUUAGGAAGUGUCUUUCUCCCUUAAGUACUUAAGUAUAUUUUUGGCAAUGUAUUGCUACAUGAAUCUGAAUUCAGCGAGUCUGGAAUGUGUAAGUUGAUGCUCUAGUAAGAAUUGGGUCAAAUUUCAGGCACCGUAUUUGUAAAGCAGACUGGGAAUUUGUCACCCCCAGAAGCAAAACUUUUAAUGAAUUGCAUAAUACUGUGUUCCCUCUACUACUAGUAGAAAAAAAAACAAAACAACCAAAGUCACAAAAACUCCUUUUUUCAUACUGUAUUAUGCUCCAGAUAGCUGUUGUCUCCUUGACAGCUUUUUUAGGACAGCUAUUUCGAACAGCAGUUAAGUUUAACACACCAAGUUUGGGCUCUUGACUUGGAUAAUAGUGGAAGAAGGGAGGGUAUAGCUAGUCCAGAUACUGCCUCUUGGACAAAGACAGAUGCUGCUUCAAGUUAUCAGGGAAUUUUGAACACCUUGCUUCUAAAUCGGCAGCAAUCUUGCUGUUGUGUAUAGAGGUUUUACACAAUAGCAGAUGCCUUUUUGAAUGUGUUCAUAUGUAAAUCAAUGGAGGAACAUACUUACACUUCAAUUAAUUAGGUUUUAUAUUUAGUAUUCUCUUGAAUGUUUAUUGGAGAUAGCACAGGGAAGUCUGGGAAAGGUUGUUUAUUUGCAAGGUUUUAAUUGCAUUUAUAAAUGGCUAUGAGGUUAAUUUUUUUUUUUUUAAUUGAGAACUUAGGUUCUGAAGGAUACUCAUAAACCAGUUAGUAGAAUCUGAAUAAAUAAUUGUUGUGAUGGUCAUAUUUUACAUUUAUACUAACAGAGGUCCAAAUUCAUUGUUUAUUGCUCUAGGAAAGAACCUAGAAUCACAUGCAGCAGGUCUUACACAUUGUUAUUUUGCAUGGGAAAACUGUUUCCUUCUUUAGUAUGUUAAUAGAUAACAGACUGGACUGAAUGUGAUAACAGCUCUUUUACAAAAAACUCGCGUGUUGCCCUCAACAGUCCCCUCCUGUAUCAGUCUGCUAUUCUGGGAGGCAGGCAGCCAAAGCCUCUGCAUCUGAAAUUGUCAGAUAUCCAAAAUAGUACCAGAAGUAUUUUCAUUUAUUGUUCUUGUGACUACAUCAUCUUACCUGUAGUUGUUGAGUUUUUUAUGAGGUUUUGUUGGGUCGGAUUAUUUUAAACAAAGUUUAUGUCCUUGUCACGUACCCUGAGCUAAAAGCCUAUCUAAUAGGAAUUGGGGAUUCAAGAAUUUACUCAAGGAGCAAAAACUUCUGAACUUCUAUAGCAUCAUAAGGUGUUUGACAGAAGUAAGAAAUACUUUUAUUGACUUGAUGCUAUGUUGUCUCACUGGAGCUGUAGUUCAGAUGCCUCAUGACUGCCUUGAAUGUUGAUGUAAGCUCAGUCUGUAAAAGAGAAUAAGGCUAUCAAUUUAUUGAAAUACAGUUACCAUGACAUAACAGCAUUUUAAUCUGAAUAUUUUGGGAUCUAGUGAAAAGAUUUUUGGCUUGAGAGUGUUUAAGGUAGGUUUUUGUUGUGGGAUUUUAACAAGUAGGCAGCUUCCUGAAAAAAACGUUUUCUGCCCUGCCCCCCUGAAGUCCUUUGCCAGUCAUCUCCUUCCCCCAAAAUUUUAAGAGCAAGCACUCUUCAAAAUUUUUUAUUACCAGCCACAAUAGAAAACAAAAAUGGAUGUCCAGAUGCAUCCUCUUUACAUGUUUCUUUUCUAGCUAUGUACUUCUGUUGCAGACACUGAAUACUGUACAGACAUGUCCAGAAAAGUAUCUGAAUUGUUUUCAUAUUUUAUUGUGUAAGUUUUUGGUAGCCUGUUGAAAUGAAGUGUUCUUUUUUGUUUCAGUAAUUAAAGGAGUUGCUGCAUGUGUUUGGUAGUUGUAUUCAGUAUAUCAAAUCUUACUUUACCUUAAAUGUGUUUUUAAAACUCAGCCUUUUUAGUUAAAGUGAUUUAAUUACUGUCAUUGCUUUCAUCUUGCAAAGUAAAUUUUAGUCAUACAGUUUCUGUGCUGGUACAGGAAAAUUAAUGAAAUACAUGGUUUUGCACAAUAAAGUUGAAAACUGUAUAGCUUUGUGAUAAAAGUAAUAAGGGCUUGCUUUUAGUAGGCUUUUGUGCGCACCUAAAUUUUUCAGAUGGUCACUAAGGAUCUUGUUUGCUCUUCAGAUGGCAAAGGCACAUGGAUAUGGGAGAGGCUGGUCCAAAGGUCAGGGUAAUAGCCUAGGACUUGGACUUAACCUGGCAGUUUCCUUCUUUUGCCACAGAUAUUGCAUGCAUUGUUGGGGAAAUCACCUUUGUGCUCUGUAAACUGGGUUUAAUAGUACUAUUCAAGUCUGUAGGAGCAUUGUGAAGAUAGAGAUACUGAAGGAAUUGACAAAAUACAGAGGUGAUGCUUUAACUGUUACUGUAUGGACUCUUGCUCAGUAGCAUGGGAGAAGAGGAAGGACUACAUCAAUCACAAUUACUGAGAUUGAGAAUGCCAGUAGAAACUCAGGAGGAGCGAGGAGAAACUGCCUCUCCAAUAGGUGAAAUACAGCUGUUGAGAUGUUUGCUUCUGUGCGAAGCAGUGGCUCCUGACUUCCAUCAAGUAUGGAGCUUCAUGGGAGCCAGGAGCUGGGAGCCCCUGCCUCUGCGAUGCCAUGACUUGUGGACCUGCUCACUCCUGGUUCCCGAGUGCCGUCUUUGGGACCCAGUCCAUAUGUUCCUGACCCCUGUUGUACCAGAUGGGCCAUUCUGUAACCUGGACACAAUGUUUGUGCGAGGAUUAAAGAGAAAAUGUUUUGAUGGUGAAGAAGAUAUUGAAGGAACUCUGGCUGGUAUUAAGGCUAUUCCUUCAUAUAAUCUUCAGCGGCAGUCACUGUUAGAUAUGUCCUUGGUUAAACUUCAGCUGUGUCACAUGCUGGUUGAACCUAACCUUUGUCGCUCGGUGCUUAUAGCCAACACGGUACGGCAGAUCCAAGAGGAAAUGACUCAAGAUGGGACUUGGCAGAUGAUAAAUACGCAGAGUACAGGGCAGGCAUCCCUGGAUCAUCUCGUUUCAACCGAUAUCCUCUGUCGUUCAUCCAGGGAACAAGCUGAGGGAAAGCAUGUUCCAGGCUAUAGUACUUUCAAUAAAGACUUUGAGGGUGACCAGGCACAAGAUAGUUCGGAAACUAUGUCAACAGCCUCUUCAGUGCAAGCUCCAAGAAACCUGCAGAGCAAUGUGUGGGAAAUGGAAAACCCACAAGAAAGUAAAGGAAAUUUUCAAAAAUCAUUAGACCAAAUAUUUGAGACACUGGAGAAUAAAAGUUCUAAUUCUGUUGAAGAUUUAUUUUCAGAAGUUGACAAUUCUUACUAUGAUCUUGAUACCAUGUUAACAGGCAUGAUGAGCAACACAAAAAUGGGACACUGUGAUGGGCUUGAAACAUUUUCUUCUCCAACAACUACAACUUCUAACUCUAAUUGUAAAUCUGAUCUUAAUGAGCUUGAUCAUAUUGUGGAAAUCCUUGUUGAAUCCUGAAACUCCUUGUGUGGGAGACAAAGAUCUUUUAAUAGGAACAAAAGACUCGAGGAAGCUAUUUCCACAGUUUGUUUUAUCAAAUCUGCACGUGUAUUUUAUUAAUAUCUAUAUAUUAUAUAGAUAUAUAUUUAAAAAAGCACUUCAUAUUGCAAAAUAGUGUUAACUCUUAAAGUUAACCUGCAACUUGUAGUGUAAUUGAUACAUUGUCCACUGAACUGUAAGUACAUAGAGUAAAUGUUUUUGAGCUUGGCGUCCAAGGCUCUUGAAAUUGGGUUCCUUUUGCCAACUUGUUUUAGCCUUUGAAGGAUGUGCUCAGAGAGGAGUCUCAUCUUUUUUUUCAGACUUCUCCCAGUAAAAGAGAAGUUGGAUAACCAGUUUCCUAUUUUCCUCCGGUUUCCACUUUGUGACACCAUCUAACUCCUGCCGCAUCUGCUGCUUGUGUUCUAAGUGGCUACAUGGCUCUCAAAGAGCAGUAUGCAAUAGUUUCUUUUAUCCUAGCUAGCUUAUUCUGGAUUUUGCUACAAUUUUUACUUCAGAAAUAGUUUUAAAGUGUUUAUUGGUGUUUAGAUUUUUCCAGGUAUUUUCCUAAAAUAUAUUUUUACUACAGAUGUUAUGUCAGCUGCUAACUUAGUAACUUUUGAUCAUAUCUGCAGUUGAUGUAUUUUUUGAAAGAUUUUCAAAAAGGGAUGUUUUUUUACUGUGAGCUACCCAAUGUAGUUCAGUAAAGUGUAUGUAAAUGUAAAUAUACAAUUUUAUACUUUACAUUAAAAUGUAAGAGCUGUUUUCAUGAUUCUGUUUUAUAGAGUAGUACUUUACUAAAUUGAUUAUGCUUGUCAUACCCCAUAUACCUUAGUAUCAUUAGAGGAAGAGCUGUGAUCCACCUAAAUACAAUUACAUUUAACUCAUUUCAGACCAUAUUUUUGGUUAACUGCAAACCUAAGUUACGUAAGUUUUUAUUUAUGUGUAUUUAUAUGUAAAUGUUGUCAAGUGAAUUGUUUAUCACUGAAGUCUACCAUCAAAUAUUUGUUUCUAUGGGAUAAAUAUCUUGCACUAAUUACUACAAAAAGUGUUAUUAGCGGCCUUUAAAUCUCAAGUGGUAUGUCAUGAUGUCUUUUCAUAAUUAAUAUGCUCCACUCUUACCAAGGUUUUCCUCUUGGCUUUUUUUCGUAACAAAAGGCAAUGCAA